GGUUAUAAGCUGUCACAAUGUUGAUGAAGAUCUCACCAUCUCACCAUCUCACCAUCUUACCAUCUUACCAUCUCACCAUGGUGGGCAUCAAGUAUACUGUCGGCCCAGUGGUCGUUCUCGACACUGUUCCGAGGCAUGAGCACCGUCCCAGAGUCCCGGGCAAUCAAGCCACUGCACUGGUUUUCCCCGCCCUGGCGGCGCUGAUCCUUGUACUCAUCUCAACGUUGUCAAUCCCUAUGAUUCAUGGGCUGUCGAUAGUGGACGUGGACAUGGGCAUGAACGGCACAGUGCAUUUCGGCGGAUGGGGAUGGUGUAGUGAGGGUGUACCGGGGAACAAGGACAUGUGCUCGGAUCUGAGGGGGUUUGCCUCAGGCAUGGCGCAUCAACUCGAGCAACUCCCUGAACCUGUCAAGAGUUUGUCAGAGCUCGACAGCGUCGUGCCAAAGGCGUACCUCACUGCGCAAGGGGUCGCGGAGAUCUUCAGCGUCUUGUUCGCAUGGAUAGCGAUCAAUUGCACGUUGGCUGCGUCGGGAUUCUGGCAAUCGAAGGAGAACAUUGCUUGGAGUUGGACAUCCUGGUCCUUCGCUUGGACUUUUUGGUCAGGUAUCACGGGCAUCAUUUCGUGGGGCCUGGCGUUGGGUCAAGUGACUCGAUUCAAGGCUCAUGCAAUGAGAGUGGACGGGACAAAGGCAGAGGUCACGCCCGGACCGGUCAUUUGGAUGAUGCUUGCCGCGAUCCUGCUCAACUUUCUGUCCUUCGCAGUGAGGAUCGCAUGGGGUAAGGAUCGAGCUCGUCCUCUGUGGACAGUCAAGGGGGACAAGAUCGAAGACCCCGUCGGGGACGCAACAGAGCUUCCCACAUGGGACAGUCUCAAUAUCGACCCUGAGACGAAGAGAAGCUCAAUUGACAAAUCCAUGAAAAUGUAGAAAUGAUGA